AUGUCAGAGUUGAACAUUUUUGAGAUCUCAUUCUCCAACAUAAGUGGUUUUUACCAUGUAGACAGCAUCUUACAGGGACAAGUCACCGUGGAAUUAAAUGAACCUAUGAAACUGAGAGGAAUAACAUUGCAUUUUGAAGGAAAGGCUUAUGUGCAAUGGACUGAAACAGACUCAACUGGUGCAGGGAACAGACGGGGGGAAACUGAUCCCUACUCUUCAAGUGAAGUUUACCUUAAUCAAGACAGCUUACUGCUUGGUGUUUUUCCCAAUCAAGGCACCAGUACCGUUGAAUUAGCACAGGGACGACAUGUUUUCCCAUUUCAAUUCCAAAUUCCACAAGGUCUUCCAUCUUCUUUUGAGGAUUUGCAUGGCCACGUCCGAUAUACCGUUCAGUGCACAAUAGAUAAGCCCUGGAAAAUUGAUCACACCACAAAGCGGCCAUUCACCAUUCUCAGCAUGCUGGAUUUAAAUCAGAUGCCAGACUGUUUGCAAAGAAUUGAAGGAACAAACCAAAGGACACAGUGCUGCUGCUGCUGCUGCUGCUGCUGCUGCGGUAAAUCCGGACCAAUCCAAGCCACUUUUUAUGUUGAUAGAGCUGGAUAUGUGCCAGGGGAAGCGAUCAGACUGUUUGCUGAAAUAAAUAAUAACUCCAACCAAAGAAUAGACAAGUCCUAUGUAGACCUCAAAAUGAUGAUAACAUACCACUCUACCACCAAAUCAAAGAUGCAGUUUAAAGAAGUGGCUCGUGUUACCAGACCAGGCAUUGGAGCUUUCGGACGCGAUCAGUGGAGUGGAGAAGUACUUGUGAUUCCUGCCUUGCCACCAUCUUAUUUAGCUGGAUGUAGAAUAAUUGACAUCAGAUACAUUCUGCAG